UGUUUUUAUCUGAACUAAUAACGUUCUUCGCAAAAUCUUCCUACGGUUAGUUCUCAUGCAGCGGAAUUGUAGAGAGUCUGACUAAAAUACUAAAAUAAUUAUCUGGGAAUGAUUUGUUGUUGUUUAAAUCGUUAAAUCUGUCCAAUUUGUUUUGUAAUGUAUAGCUUUGUGGUACUUAAGGAAUCUUAACCAAUUCCGUGCUGUUGUAAGUCACAUUAGGAGGGACUACUGGGAAGACGAAUUCAAACAUCUUAAUCAAUACAAACGGUCGUGUAUACACGAUUCUGUAGUUGGUGUUUAGUUUAGACUGGGGAAUGAUGUAUGUAUAGUUAAUACUGAAUUGUAUUGGGUUGUUCUCAACGUAUGGCUUUAUUGAGUGGGAAUGACCGUCGCUGCUGCUUCAGAAUGGCUUUCUGAGGCAUGACUUGCAGACAUUCGUUGUGUGUUGUGCCUUAAUAUUGAUACGUAAUUAAAAUGUGUUCAAUGGUUCAAGUGGGAAUUAGUGCUAUUUAGCCGGAUUUUUUUUGUAAUUUAUUGCCGUCAGCUGUUUAAUGGAUGUUAUUUUGACUGGUUACUUUGAUAUAUAAAACGCAAGAAUUUUGGAGAAAAGUUUAUUUGUUUUUAAUAUUCGAAAUGGGAUCAGAAGAAAAACAAGAAAAACAUAAAAUGCGAAGAGUUCGCAAGACUUUCUCAUUGUCUAACAUGAGUAAAGGAGGGCGUGCUGCCUUGGCUAGAAGUCGAUCUAUAGACCAUCAGAUUGAUGAAGACAGAGAAAAGAAACAGAAAGAAGUUCAGCUUCUGCUCUUAGGUGGAGCCGGCUCCGGUAAAAGUACAUUUAUAAAACAAUUACAGCUACAUUAUGGCGGCGGUUUCCCAGAGUCUGAGAGAGAAAUAUUUGCUGAACAGAUCCUUAAAAACAUGACAGAGGGCUUAGUUCUUAUCGUGGAACAAAUGGAGGUGUUGGGUAUUAAAUACGAAAGAGAGGAAACACAGCAAAAUACAAUUGAACUUCUUGGUAAACAUCCACGUGUGUCUAUGAAACUUAUUCUAAGUAGAAUGGCCGAAGACGAGGAAGCUGCAUUGAAAAGUCAGUCAAAUACAAAAAAUGCCGAUUUGUCGCCCCAGAUGUCCAACUUAAGAAUGGGAAAUGAGUUUACUAAGUCCGAAGUUGAUAUGAUACAAGAGAUCUGGAAUGAUGCUGGUGUUCAGUGCUGUUAUGCUUCUAGACAUAAGUUUGGUUUAGAAAGAUUAACACAGGGCGAAGAAUAUUUUCUGGAGAAUAUUGAUCGAGUAACGAGAAAGAAUUAUACACCAACUGUACAAGAUAUAUUGUAUAUAAGACAACCUACACUAGGUGUUAUAGAAAACACGUUUGAAAUAGAUAAUCUUAUAUACCGUGUUAUAGACGUAGCUGGCCAGAAGAGUUUAAGAAAGAAAUGGAUUCAUUUCUUCGAAGCUGUGACGGCUGUCAUGUUCUUUGUACCUUUAAGUGGAUAUGAUGAGGUGCUGGAAGAAGAUACAACAGCAAACUGUUUACAAGACAGCUUACAGGCAUUUCAUGAAGUAUCUCAUAAUCACUAUCUAGAGAAAACAGAUAUGAUAUUAUUUUUGAACAAGAAAGAUUUGUUCAUGCAGAAAGUUAAGAAAGUCAGCAUAGCCAACUGUUUUCCUGCCUAUAAAGGAGACAAUACACCGGAAGCGAGUUUAAAGUACAUCAAGGAUCAAUUUAUACAACACAAACCAGGACAUAAACAAGUGUACAUCCAUGUGUCAUGCGCAGUAGAUGUUAAGAUGAUGAGGGACAUUCUUUCUAGUGUCAUUGAUAUUAUCGUUGAAAUUAAUCUUCGUAAGACACAGAACCUCUAGGAUGUUUUGUUUGUCAACCGUCUCGUCUCGUAUUAUCAAUCGUCGUUAAACAGGAAGCCUAUAAAUAGCAUUUAUGUCAAUUUGAAUAAAACCGGAAACCAUGGUCAGUAGAAUCUUUUUGUGUAUCUUUGUCAACCAGAUAACCUGUGUGAUGUUUUUGCAAAUCUUUAUAAAAUCAGCACAAAAACAGAAACUUGUAGAAUUUUUGUCAAUCGUCACCAAGCAGUGGUCCUGAAUUGUAUUAUAUUUCCACCAUUUUCUUUAACAUAGAGUCUUCAAAGUGAUUAGAAUUUGUCUUCUGCGAAAAUUAGAACGAAUUCUUAUAGGAUAGUUCUUAUUUAUUACUGGAUGUCCGAGUAUACAUGAUUCAAUAAAACGUAAAUGGAUUUUAUUUUGGAUUAAGUUAAAACUCUAUAUUCCUGUGCGAUGUGCUGUUUUAUGCUUAUAUUCUACUUUUUAACUAUUAACAACGCUGUUAAUGAAUUCAGCCAACAAAAUAGGAUUGGAAUUAUAAGUUAAACUGUAUUGAUGUAUAUCUAUUCACAAGUUUAUUGGAGGUGUAAUUCUGUGUUCAUGACGAUGUCUGGAAUUUCUGUGACAGAAGUAACUGGAUAUUAGAAACACAAAACAGACAAUAGUAUAAUGGUCAUCACUGGAAAAUGUUUCAAAAUAAGAAUGGCGCGGAUGUAUCGCAUGCUUUGGUUUCCAUUUCCAGAUCAGUACAACUUCGUUUUUAUUCUGAUGUCGUGGAUUUAAAUUCUUUCGGAAUAAUAUUUUUGUUUUGCCGUACUAUCAAAAAGAAUACAGCACUAAUAUGUUCUAUAAUAUGUUGCGUAGUUACAGUCUCGGACUUCACAACUUAAUCCAGGCUACAAUUUACUCAAAUUGAUUGUUUGGCAUUUAUUUAAGAAAACAAAAUCGAAAUAUAAAUGGAUUGGAUUCAAUCGGAUUAAAAAGAAGCCCAACAGGUGGCGUUGGUUUAUUUAUAUCGUCGGCAGAAGACGCUGAAGGUUACAAAAUUGUCAUUUCACCGUUCCUUCGUAAUUCUGAAUGUUAUUAAAUCAUUUUGGACCGAAAUUUCUUUCAGAUAUUCAACUUUUACAAUAUCGUAGUUCGCAAGAUUCAAAAUCCCUCAUAUAAUGGCUUUCAGUGGUUUUAACCUUUUCUUCAUUAAGUUGGACAUCCGGUUUUAUAAACCGUGAGUCGGAGAAGUAUUUAGAUAUACAGUUAUCUCCGAGUUAAUAUAUUAUUUAUUGUUUGUUAACAUUGUGUAUAAAAAAAAGAAUCAAUAUUAAUUUAAUUGUACAUAAUGCGUAUAUAUCUAUUUAUGGGUGUUCUUGUGUCAAUACUAAAUUACGCAGAAUAUUAACUAUUCUGAAACUUGUUUUUCCUUGGCUACAAUCUGUUUAAAGCAUUAAAGAUUUUAUUAACCAGAACAGAUGCUCUGUUUGCUGUGAGGUUUGGAUAUCUUCGGGAGGUGGACCAUUAAUGGCCGUAUUGUAAACUUAAUGUGUGGUUGCCUUGUAGAUUUUAAUCAUUAAAGAUACAUUAUGGGAGAUUAGAUAAAGAGCUGGCAGUUCUCACUAUAAUACUUAAAAACUAGAUAAUGUAAAAGGAAUUUGCUGAAAAUUUCAGUCAAACUGAUCCACUCUGAACCGAGAAUUUGGCGAUUGAAUUUUCGGCCUAGCCUCGAUCAUCAUUACUAAAGUCGGUACGACAAAAAACGUACUCUCGAUUAUCCAUUUCAUGAUUUAAUCAUAAAUGAAAGUUGAGUAAAUAUCGCAGGCUAGCGAUGACAUCGAGAGUUGAUUAAGGUCUGGAUAAGUUAAUUUAUGUCGAAUUAAUAAUUUAUAUAACAUUUCACGGUUCACGCAAUAGGCAGAUUUAGCUCUUGCAUAAUGUAUGUUUAAUAUAUAACUCUCACAAAUGUACGUAGGAAGGUGGUCCGCAUUUAUUUGGUCUGUCAAUAAUCUCAAACAAUUUCUUUCGCCGAAUAAAUAAAUGCAUAUGCAACAAUAUAUUAGGUGCGUUUUUGAAAUAAAUAAUAUGCAUGCAAUGCCCGUGUACGACACCUCUUUUACUUUUAGCUGUGUUGAAGGAUAGCUUACUGAACUUGUACUCUAAUUCGAUCCAAACAAUACGACUUGAUCUCAAAAUUAUGUUGGUGCAAAGGUCUAAUGCCAAACUUUGCAACUGCCACCUCGACAUCGGUGUUUGUAGAGAAAAUUACUCGGGAUUUUCCACCCUGAUUUCUUCAGGACGGUGGAUUGGCGAGAAACGGCAUCUAGUCGUUUGGAUGGGACAAAAAACGUUGUACAUGUUGGUCUGCAAGUUCAAGGACCAUUAGCUAUUAGAAUUCGAUGAACACAAAGCGAAAACGAAGCUGCCCGAGUGAAAUUGUCCUCACAGCAAAUUGCAUAGGACUUUUCCGUCUUCAAUAGCCCGGUUUGAAAAUUAGGAAGGUCAACCAAAUUUCAGUGCACUUCAUAUAUCGACAAUGGAAUCUAGAAAUUCGAGAAAACGAGGUUUAACUGUACAGAAUGUAUGAAAGAACAAGAAUAUAUGAAAUUCCUUUAUCUCUUAUUUCUCUUUAUGGUGACGUCUUUCCACAAUUCCAUCUGAUUGCUGCAACCUCAAAAAAAACCUUAGAAUCCCGUGAGUCACAGUACAGCACUGCUUCCUGUUUUGUUUAAUUGUCGCCCUCGCCCCCCCCCCCUCCCACUUGUAUCUCAGUGGUAAAUGCUAGGUUCCAACUGUCGUGCGGUGCGUUACGGUUCCAACUGUCGUGCGGUGCGUUACGGUUCCAACUGUCGUGCGGUGCGUUACGAUAGGAUUGUCCCUAUUGGGACCACGAUCUGCUACGUGCAGAUACGUUCGGAUACGUUUCGAUACAAUCAACACGAUUGCUACGACUGACCACAAUAUACGAUAAGACCUGAUAGGAUUACCACCAUUACUCUAACUGAGUGAUGGUGAUGAAAAACGUUUAAUGCUGCUCAAUGCGAACAGAGUGUUAAACAAUUUGAUUGGUCGAUGAUUUAUAACUCGAAUACAUGGAUUUCAGUUGAGUGGAAGUGGUGAAUGUCUUGUGAUCAGCGUGUCGAGAAUGAGCAUUUUGAUGGAUUGAGACUUUCGAGCGCGAUAACUUUGGAACGCAACAGCCAUGCUUCUAAUUGCGGUAGAAACUUCAAACUAUGUGUACGUGUUCAUUAGGUGAAUGUCUUGACUGAGAUCGGUAAUGGACAUUUUCUACUUAGGCUAAGCAGUGUCAGACUGUCUGUCCGUCUGUUACAACCACUACAGGGGUACAAGCCGGGGGACAUCAGUUUUGACAAUUUGUUUUUAUCUUGUAGAAUACGCUUCAUCUUUGUUAUCAUAUUACCACUAUCCCAUUCUGAUUAAAACACAGAUCCUAUUUCGUUUCGUUUUAUAUAGUUCAAAAUUUCGUUUUACUUGUCUUCACUACACUAGGAACUGGAAGAGAUGUUAUAUAACCCGCGUUCUGGGCGUGAGGGAUUAGCCAAUGAAGCGGUCUAUUACGACGAGUUCUUGACGUACUGUACAAGGAACUGUGGGUAAACCACUAGAAACGUCAACGCUGGUUGAUUAAUCAAUGUCUGGAAUCAUAGGGUCAAAAUCCGCUCCCACUACAACCAGUCAGAUCUUCAUGUAGUGUAGGCCAUUCAAAGUAUUAAAAAAAACGAAACGAAAUAUAGAUCUGUAUUAUAAUCCGAUUGCCACUAUCCCAACAUGUAUGAAAAUUCAAAGAUGUGUAAAUAAUUCCCAUGAUAUUUAUUUUAUUAUAAUUUAUGUCUGUAGAGAAGUAGAAUUAGAUUAGUGUUAUAUGAAAUAAUAUAAAGAGCAAUAUAUAAUGAUGUAUACUAUAUAUAUAUAUCUGUAUGAAAUGCUGUGCUGAUCGUGUUUCAUACCAAAUAAAUAACAGAAGCCUAUAAACA